AUGUUUGCAACCCAACAACCUUUUAAUCCUGAAUAUACUCAAAAUGGGGAGAAAAGAAUUCGUACAAAAGUAGCUUGUGACUAUUGUAAAAAGAGAAAAUCAAAAUGUGAUGGUGAAAAUCCUUGUUCAAAAUGUGUUGAUAAAGAUCGUCAAUGUGUCUAUACGAUAGUUCAAAAACAACGGAAGAAAAGAGAAACUAAAGGUUCAAAUAAUUUAUCAUCAAAUGACAACUUAGGUGUGGGAGCAGGUAUCAAACCUGUAAAAGUAACCAAGAAAGAUAAAACUGUAAAUCAGUUAAAUUCAAGAAUAAAUGUUCUAGAAAAUUUAAUAAGUAAAAUAGUUUCAAAUAUGGAUCCAUCAGCCAGAUCUGUCAUACUAGAUCAAAUACCUGGUGAAGAAUUAAGUGAAUUAAAUUCUUCUACUUCUGAUGAUGAUAGUUUGAGUGAUGAAAUUGAAGAACCUAAAAGGCGAAAAAAUUUAGAAUUUAAAGAUGCAGAUUUAGAGUCGGAUUUAUUUGGUGAAGAUGUCAAAGAUGUUGCAAAAGAUCCAGUAAUAAUGAAGGAUAUGCUUGCACCAUCUGAUAAAACCUGUUUUUCUACAAGAAUGAAGAAUCGAAUAGCUCAAUAUUGUGGUACUCAUUCCAUGUUUUAUACAUUAUCUUCAAAAGCAUUAGAUUGGUUAAAGAAAAAGAUAACAGGAUCUGAUACGAACUUUUUAACAAAUGAUAUAUAUUCACCGUUACGAAAAAUGCCGAUGCUUUUGAAUAAUAUUGUUGAAAGGUCUAAAAAUCAAUUAAUAGAGAAGUCAGCAAUUGAAAAUGAUAAUUUAAAAUUUCUUCAACAUCAUGAAAGAAACAUAAUAUUUGAAGCAAUUGAUUUAUAUUACUAUAAAUUUGGCUCAGCUUCAUUUGUUUGUAGCCCUAGUACCCUCAGAGAGUUAUUUCAUAAGUAUUUUCAACUUAGUGAUAGUGAUGAGAUCACGUUCAAUUCAAAUAUUACUAAAAGUGAUUGUCUUAUUAUGAGUUCAAGUUUAGUUUUAUCUUUUGCUAGAUUUACCAGUAAUGAUGAAAUUGAUCCUUUAUUAUAUCCAAACUUAUCAUUAAUGACAACUAAAGAAGCUGAACGUUUUAGGGAAAAAUUCUUCGAUUUGACUAUGCAAAACUAUAAACAUGUAUCCGUCAAAAAUGAAGGAAUCAAGUCGGUGCAAGGUUUAGCAUUAUUGUCAUUAAUUGUGGAAGAAUCAUUUGUUUCUGAUUUUCAGAUCAAUUACGGGAUAAUUAGUACAAUGAUUACUUAUGCUAAAGAAUGUGGUAUCCAUAGGGCAGAUUGUUUGAACGAUGAUGAUCAAGAAUAUGCAUUGACAUGUAGAAGAGUAUGGUCUUUUUGUGAAUGUAUGGGAGUUGAGAUUAGUUAUAAAAGUGGGAAGCCCAUGAUAAUUAAUUAUGAUGAUGUUACAACUUUAACUGAUGCAGACACAAGCAUUUUAUCAAUACCGUUGGAUUUGUUUGCAAAUAGAAGAUAUACGACUCACGUUAAAGAAACAGUUGAAAAAAUCAAACAAAUUGGUCCCCAUUAUUAUGCUGGUUAUUUUAAUUUGAUGUUGGCGAGAAUCAAGGCUAAAAGUUAUACCAAAUUAUAUUCGAAACUCCCUUCUGGAAUUGGUAUUCAAGGAAUUUUGACUGUUGUGAAUGAAAUAAAUGAUGACAUGAAGAAAAUGGCACAAAUUAUCACACCCGAACUUCGACCAUCAUUGGAUGAUGAACUAGCUCCAACGAACUGUUUUCCAUGUGAUGAUAGAGUAACAAUUAUUUGCGCACUUGAAUUUCAUUUUUCGUAUUUUUCACAUUUACUUGCUGUUAAUAGAGUUCCAUUUGUUAAAGAUUUUAAGAUUGAGGAUGAAAGAUUGUUGCCAUACGGUAAUACUUCAUUAAGAGCAGCUAGAAAAAUAUUGGAAUUAUCAGUUGAUCCGAAAACUUUAUCGGUGGUUGAAGAAAGUUCAUUUCCUUUUCUCGUGUUUUAUCCAAUGGCAGCAUUUUUAAAUUUAUUGGGAAAUUGUUUAAUCUAUCCGAAUGCAAGCUCAUCGUACCAAGAUAGUCUAUUAUUGAUUCAGGUCUCACGAAGGUUUUUUGCAUACGAAGGAACAAAGAAUAUAAAUUUAGAUAAUAAAAGAAUGUUUUGUGAUUUGUUGAGUAGAGUAUUUAUCAGAAUAUUAGUUGAUGUAAUGCAAAAACAAAGUGGAGUCGAUUUUUACGAAAUAGUACCUGAAUUGAAAGAUCAUUUAGAUUCCGUUCACGCUAAAUUUCCAGAGUUUUUCAAAAAUCCAACAAAUGAUUUCACAGAGCUUGAUAAGUUGAUUAAUGAGACUUAUUCCAAUGCUUCAACCGCAGGUUCUACUGCUUCUUACUCAAGUUUGGGUUCAGAUGUCAAACCAAUAAUUUCAAGUUUUAUUAAUAAUUAUGGAUCAGACAAUUUCAGCAGUUAUGACUUUCAGGAUUAUAAUGUCAAUCAAGGAAUUGUGUCGGGAUCUAAGCAUUCUGAUCCAUUCGGAACUUUUGAAAAUUUUAUACAGCAAGAGCAACAACUAAAUGAUAUGAAUUUUAAUUUCAAUUUUAAUAAUUUUAAGGAUUUAAAUGAUUUUACAAAUUAUUUAAAUUUCCCUGGUGAAAACAAUAUUAGUUAA